CGACAGAAGAGUACAGUACAGGGUAUUAGGGUUGGAUCCAUCCGGCGGAACCGGUGCUGCUGCUCCUCCUCAUGGGCAUGGGGGAAUUGUGUAAUUGCGCAGUCCCCGCCCCCCGCCCCCCGCCCCCUCGGCCAUUCGCAUAAGGCAAGGGCGAUGGCUCCCUCGACGAAGCCGAUUCGCCUUCAUUAGGGUCGGGUCGGGUCGAGUCGGGUCGGUCGAGUGCCCCGUUUCUCCGCCCGUAGCCGCCUCUGCGGUGAAUGGAAUUUCCUCUUACAGUUUUUGGCUGCCGUCGAGGGCUUUGGACGCCUUGAGGGUUUUGGAGCGAUCGUAGAAGAGGGAGGGAGGGAGGGAGUGAUCGUGCGGGAUCCUGGGAUUGCGUGGUUUCAUCGCGUUCGGGUGAAGAGGAGGAGGGGAGGAGGAGGGCUGGAACGAGCGAGAAGAGAAGGCUUUGUUUUCGCUUUGAGAGUAGGCUGAGGGUUUAAGAGGUUAGGCGAUGGUAAUUGCAGGUAUGGAGAAAACGAAGGCUCUGGCCGCGGGGAAAAACGGGCACACGAAGGUGGGGAAGAAAUCGAAGGCCGCUGAGAAUGGCGCUGCGAAGGUCGUCGAGGCGGAGGACGUGGAAGAGGGUGAAGUUUUGCCCAUGGAUGCCGAAGGUGGCAGGUCAGGGGAUGAGGGUCCGAAGGUAGACAAAUCCUCAGUGGAGGAUGGCAAGGUGGACAAAUCUGGGGAUGCCGGUCAGAAUGACAAUAGAUCCGAGGAGGAGAAUGAGAGCGACGAUGAGGAAGAGGAUGAAGCCCCGGGGCCGAUGUCGAAGUCGGCACUGAAGAAUGCCGAGAAAGCGAGGAGGUACAAGAUUAAGAAGAAGAUGCGAAAGGCGGCCGAGAAGGAGAAACGACAUGAAGAAUCCAAGAGGAAACGAAAAGAGUGGGAAGAGAAGCUCGCCCUCAUGACGGAGGAGGAGAGAGAGAAAGCGAAGCAGGAGAAGACGGAUGUUCGAAAGGAGCGCAAGGAUGAGCAGAAGCAGAGGAAGGACAAGCUCAGGGAGGCCUUGACUUCGGGUCAAAAUUACGUCAUAGACCUCGAGUUCAGCCACCUCAUGAAACCUCAGGAGCUCACCAGCUUAAUCCAGCAGGUGAUGUACUCGUACGCUGCCAAUGCGAGAGCAGAGCACCCAGGGCGAAUCACAUUGACAGGAGUGACGGGGACGAUCCAAGAAUCGCUUGAGAAAAUUUCAGGAUAUAAAAAUUGGCUCCUCCACAAAGAAGAGGCGUCUUAUCUGGAUGUGUUCAAGGACCGGAAAGAAGACUUGGUGUACUUGACAGCAGACUCAGAGACCAUUUUGGAGGAACUUGACAGCUCCAAGAUUUACAUUGUCGGAGGGUUAGUAGAUCGCAACAGGUGGAAAAACAUAACCUUGGAUAAAGCCAAGGAACAAGGCAUUGCGACGGCGAAGCUGCCAGUGGGCGAUCACCUUAAGAUGGCAGGAUCUAAGGUUUUGACUGUGAAUCAGGUUAUGGAGCUGCUGCUGUGCUUCCAAAAGCUGAAAGACUGGAAGCAAACUCUGCGCCAAGUAGUGCCCCUGAGAAAGAGGGCAGCUGAAGGGGAUCUGGAAAGAGACGAGAAGGAGGAGAAGGAGGAAAGUUAGGGGACGAGGCAUUCUGUGCAAGAAGAGGGAGGUC